UAAACCUCCUCACUCUCACUCAAUUCUCUUAAGUGUAUGACUUCAUAGUAAACUACACUACUUUCUUUAAAACAUGGCUAACUAUGCUAUAGCCAAUGUUUUGAUCCUUCUCUUGAACUUGAGUACCUUACUCAAUGUUCUUGCUUGCCCUUAUUGUCCUUACCCAAGCCCUAAACCACCUUCACACCACCCUCCUAUUGUUAAGCCACCAGUUCACAAACCACCAAAGCAUUCUCCUACUCCUAAACCACCAGUUCAUAAACCACCAAGAUAUCCUCCUAAACCAUCACCUUGUCCACCCCCAUCAUCAACACCAAAACCACCUCAUCAUCCCAAACCCCCAGCAGUACACCCACCACAUGUUCCAAAACCACAUCCACCUUAUGUUCCAAAACCACCAAUUGUUAAACCUCCAAUAGUACAUCCACCUUACGUACCAAAACCCCCAGUUGUGAAACCACCACCAUAUGUCCCUAAACCACCUGUUGUGAGACCACCCUAUGUUCCUAAACCACCAGUUGUACCUGUAACACCACCUUAUGUUCCUAAGCCACCAAUUGUUUUCCCACCACAUGUUCCUCUACCUCCAGUUGUACCAUCACCACCACCUUAUGUACCAACACCUCCAAUUGUGAAACCACCAAUUGUUUUUCCACCACAUGUUCCUCUACCUCCAGUUGUGCCUGUAACACCACCUUAUGUGCAACCACCACCUAUUGUAACUCCACCAACACCAACACCUCCAAUUGUGACACCACCAACACCACCUAGUGAAACACCUUGUCCUCCACCACCACUUGUACCUUAUCCACCACCACCAGCACAACAAACAUGUUCCAUUGAUGCUUUGAAGUUGGGUGCAUGUGUUGAUGUGCUUGGUGGACUCAUACAUAUUGGUAUAGGUGGAAGUGCUAAACAAACAUGUUGUCCAUUGCUUCAAGGACUUGUUGAUUUGGAUGCUGCUAUAUGUCUUUGCACCACUAUUAGACUUAAACUUCUUAAUAUCAAUCUUGUUAUCCCCCUUGCUCUUCAGGUUCUCAUUGAUUGUGGCAAAACUCCACCAGAAGGGUUUAAGUGCCCAGCUUCUUAAUCAUAUAUGCACAAAGCUAGUACAUUUAUAUUUUGAAGGAAUUCCAUGAAUAUUAGUUAGCUCGGAAUAAGCGUUUACAAGUUGAAAGAGAUGUAGUGAAAAAAUUGUCAUUGUUUCUCGUUCAAGUUGGUGUAGGGAUACCAGAAAUGAAGGACAAGAACGUAGUAGAAUUGUACUUUGAUGGAAAUUAUGUAACUGGAAGAAGACCAAAAAAAUAUUCUGCACUUCACGUAGUAGUCGUCGUCAUGCAUUAAUAUGACAUAAACUUUCAAUUUAAUUAUUUUCUGUUUCUAUCUUUUUGUCACUUUCUUUCAUUGCGUAUGAUGCUGUGUGUGUAUGUCAGCGUUUGUAAGUUCAACCCGUGAGUGCUUUGGGGAAAUGUAUAAUAAGUUCUUUUUAUAUUUUCUUCAAAA